AUGGGUGGCUUUAUAUUCCCUGUGAAUUUCAUCUUCAUUCUAGUUCUCCAUGCAAAUGUGUGUGUAUGUGUUUUAAUUUCUUCAUAUUUAAAUGAAUUCAAUGCCUAUGCUCUUUUGGCAACUGUCAGUCUUAUGGGAGAACAGGGGCAGCUUUUACAUCGCAAAUGUAAAUGUUAUGUAUGCGCCAAUUGUAAAGAUAGUUGGCCUGACAUGAGAAUACCAUCACAAGAUUUCAAAGAGGAAUCAUUCUACUUCCUGUCAAGAGGUUACAAUAAUUCUUCUUAUAUGGACCGCAAAAGCACUUCAUUUCAACCGCCUGCACCAGAUAAUCAAAAUGCUAGUAGAUAG